ACUGGCUUCAGUCAUCCUCCUUCCUCAUUGGGUGGCCAGUGGAGGAGCCUAACCGAGCACCCUGACGACCUCAAAAGCUUGGUCUUCACUUAUAAAAGCCUCAGCCCUCAACAUCUUAUCGGUAACACAAGCAAUAUGAAGUUUUCAUCUCUUCUUCAGGCGUGUAUCGCCUCAGGUCUUGCAUUGGCAGAGUCUCAAGUUCCAGUUGUUGAGCCGUCUUCCUUCUCCGGCGACUUUACGGUCUAUCAAAGUCAGGUGUCUCCCAGCCACUCCAUACGCGUGAAGCGACAGAACUCGACGCUUUGCAACACUCCUGUUGAUCAGUAUACUGGAUGGCUUGAUGUUGGUCAUAAACAUUUGUUCUUCUGGUAUUUUAAGAGUGAGAGCGCGAGCUCGAAAGCCGACGAUGAACCGCUGGGCCUUUGGUUGACGGGUGGCCCAGGAGGCUCAUCUAUGCUGGGUAUGCUCCAAGAGCUUGGACCAUGCCUUAUCAAUGAGCAUGGAAAUGGGACUACUUACAAUCCUUUUGGGUGGAACAAGGAAACUGCGUUCAUAUUCGUGGAUCAACCAGCAGGUGUUGGAUUUUCGUAUGUUGACGAAGGCGAAUCCAUACCGGGAGAUUCCUUCACCAGUGCUGCAGACAUGCAUCUGUUCUUGCAGAUGUUCGUGAGCCAAGUCUUUCCCGAGCACAAGAAUGGCCCCCUUGUUAUCACUGGAGAGAGUUAUGCUGGACAUUACCUCCCAGCUCUUGGAGCCCAAAUCGUUUCACAGAAUUUGUUACAUCCAAAGCAACCGCAAGUCCUUCUUAAGUCAGUGGCAAUUGGCAAUGGCUAUGUUUCACCACUUGAUACUGCCUAUGGAUACUGGGAGACUCUAUGUACUACCAAUCCAGGUGUCAAGAAACCAGUGUUCAACGAGACCCGUUGUGAAAUCAUGGCCACCAACUUGCCUCGCUGCAUGUCAGUUUCAAAGACUUGCUAUGAUCGUCCAGACGCUGCAAUCUGUGCCGCUGCUGCCGAAGUUUGCUGGGAUGGUGUAAUAAAGUAUUAUGACGGAGAAUCUGGCGCUGGUGGCAGGAACAGAUUUGACAUCACUCUCCCAUGUGAGAUCGAUGAAGUCUGCUACCCUAAUACUCUUUGGAUUCAAGACUACCUGAAUCUUCCCUCAUCCUUCGCUGCUCUCGGCGUGCCGAAGGAAAUCAAGAAAUUCGGUGUCAUUUCGCCCGCAGUCUCUGAUGCUUUUGAGUUGACAGACGACCUUUCUAUAACAUUGGUUCCCGAAGUGCAGUAUCUCCUUGCAAACCAGAUCGAUAUGCUUAUAUACCAAGGUAAUCUGGAUCUGGCUUGCAACACUGCAGGUGCAAAGAGAUGGACCGCAAACAUGGCAUGGAAAGGACAGGCCGAGUUUAAUUCUUUGGAUUUAAAGCCUUGGAAGAGCACUAAGGGAGGGAAGGAGGUUGAUGCUGGAGCUUGGAAGGAAGUCAACAUCAAGAUGGUUGAGGGUGAUGAGAAGAAGACGAGAUUCGCUCUUGUAACGAUUGAUGGGUCUGGGCAUAUGGUCCCUCAAGACCAGCCCGAGGUGGCUUUAGAUAUGCUCAGCAGGUGGUUGAAUGGGAAAUCGUUUGCCUGAGAAAGUCGAGCCGUUAUCCCUUGAAAGUAAGUGUUCUUGUGGCACGCAGCGGUGGAACAUGAAAAAUGGGUUUGUUACAACAGGUGUUGAAUCAGGAUACAUGUAAAUGGAAAUAUACUCGCAAUACGUUUUAUCAGAUGCUUGUAUAUGCGUGGACUGUUAAAACGUAGCCACUAUUGUGCUUUUCGGCAUAUAUGGAAGAGGGAUGAAGCAGAUAAGUGAAGGUAUUGACCAAGAGAUUCCAAGAAAUUAAUCAAUCAAUGUUGCCGCAUGAACUUGUCGAAAGGCACGGUGUGCAUCGGCAUUUAUCUCUGAGACCACAACUAAUGAGGAUGGCCUACCAAAUGUACCACUCCCGAAGAACCAUACGCAUCGCAAAACCAAAUUCAUAGCCAUCACUACAUCAGAACUUGCAGGCGGGUCUGUAGUACGAGAGCGAGGAAUGUAUCAGUCCGCAGCUUGUGAUUGGAGCUUCGCCAGCAAAAGUGACUGGAAUGAAAUUGAGAGCUGCAUGACUUCAAAUGCACUGGACCUGUAUGCUUGGGGAGCCUGCUGUCCUCUCAAUGGCUGGAUGGAGCUGUGUGUUCUGUUGCUAUGUUGCGCUAGUACGCCUAGGUAAGGA